AUAUCCUUUUUAUGUUGUUAUGUCGAAUGUGGGUACCGUUUUCGUAUCGAUAAGAUUGCAAGUACAGCGCAAGUGCAGUAGUAAGUUCGAAUAUUAAUCAUGCUUCAUUUAUAAGAUGGAGAAAUUGGUGGGAACAGAUAGACAUGAGGGUACAUAAGGACUUAGUACUUUGGCCAGGACCGUACAAAAAUAUGUGUAAUACAAAAUCAAGACGGUAUAAAGUAAUCUCUAUAACAUGAAGCAGCAGAAAAUGAACAUGAACAAGGAUCUACAAUAUGAACGAAGUAGAUGUACGUUUGACCCUGUGGAAGUUACAUAUCUUUUCGAUGGCAGUCCAGAAAAGACGAAACGACGCCGUGAUCAAGAACAAUAUUUUUUGGAUGAUCUGGCAUUAAAAGAAAAUGUAGCAAUGAAAUAUAAGAGUCAUAAAGAAAUAUAUGAAGAUUCUUUACAAAUUGCCUGCAAUGUUCUUCAAAAAGUUAGAGAAUUGCAAUGCUCAGGAAAAGAAGAUAUUGAUCUUCUCUUACAUAUCUUUGGAGCAAGACUUGGGUCUGCACUGUUCGAAGGUGGAAAUCCGUUGGUCCUGCAUUAUGCUAUGUUUCUACCCUCUAUUCUGGGACAAGCAAAUUCUGAACAGCAAGCAUAUUGGAUAAACAGAGCUUGGGCUGGCGAUGUUAUAGGAACAUAUGCACAGACCGAACUAGGCCAUGGAACGUUUCUCAGGGGUUUGGAAACUACUGCAACGUACGAUCCGGAAACGAAAGAGUUUGUUUUGAAUAGUCCAACUUUGACGUCCUACAAAUGGUGGCCAGGUGGACUGGGUCACACUGCAAACCAUGCAAUAGUCGUUGCGCAAUUAUACACCCAGGGAGAAUGUAGGGGAAUUCAUCUGUUUGUUGUACAGUUAAGAGACGUGGAGACACACGAACCUUUAAAGGGCAUUAUAAUUGGAGAAAUUGGUACAAAAUUGGGGAUGAACGGCGUUAACAAUGGGUUUCUCGGAUUUCGUGACUUUAGGAUACCACGGGAGAAUAUGUUGAUGAAGAAUUCCAAGGUACUAGAGGAUGGAACAUACAUAAAAUCUAUGAAUGAUAAGUUAACGUACGGUACGAUGGUGUUCGUUCGAGUAAUGUUGCUGCAGGACCUCCUACACUAUUUAAUGAAAGCUGUUACUAUUGCGGUUCGAUACAGCGUAGUAAGACGUCAAGGUCAAAUAAAUCCGGAACAACCAGAGGUACAGAUUCUCGAUUACGUAACGCAACAACACAAAAUCUUCCCUCAUAUUGCCACAUGUUUCGCAAUAAAAGUUACUGCCAGUUGGGUUUGGGAUAUGUAUAAUACGGUACAAAGUCAAUUGCACCAGGCAGAUUAUGAAAAACUACCGGAGUUACAUUCUUUGUCAUGUUGCCUAAAAGCAGUUGUAUCUGCAGAUACAGCAGCUGGAAUAGAGCAACUUCGGUUAUCUUGUGGUGGACAUGGAUACAUGACUGCCAGCAAUCUGCCAGGACUUUACGGAUUGGCCACUGCAGUCUGUACUUACGAAGGAGAAAACACAGUCCUACUUUUGCAAACAGCUAGGUACCUCGUAAAAUCAUGGAAACAAGCUAUGAAUGGUGAACCAUUGCCAGAUUCUGUAGAGUAUCUUAACGAAGCAGCAAAAGGAGUAAAACAUCGUCGUUGGAGUAACGAUUUGGAAUGUCUGAUUGAUGCCUAUGACGCGGUAGCCGCAGGAUUCGUUCGUUCAGCAGCAGAACAUUUGGAUCGCAGAAUACGUGACGGAGUUCCGAUGGAGGAGGCGUGGAACCAAACGGGCAUCGAACUAGCUCAGUGUGCGGAAGCUCACGCUCGAGUUUUCAUUGUAAAGACAUUUGCAAAAGCUGUCAAACAGUUAAACUCGAAGUCUGAAGAAUUUCGUCAAGUAAUGUUUCAACUCUGCGAACUGUAUAUCGUAUAUUGGGCUUUGAGAAACGUUGGUAAUUUUCUUCGGUUUUCUUCUAUGCAGAAAGAGCAUGUGGAGACACUUCAUUCACGCUUGGAAUAUUUGCUGACGACAAUCCGUCGAAAUGCUGUAGGAAUCGUUGACGGUUUCGAUUUCGAUGACCAUAUUCUUUGCUCGGCUUUGGGUGCUUACGAUGGUAACGUUUACGAACGAUUGUUUCAAGAAGCCAUGAAGAGUCCUCUGAACCGUGAAGCUGUGAACAUAUCUUUUGAAAAAUACUUAAAACCAUUUCUUAAGAGUAAUUUAUAGUGUAAUCUUUUUAAAGGAAAUGUUUAAUCAUAAUUAUUAUCUCGUAUUUGUUUUGUGGCGAUUGGA